UUUGCGCUGCAGACAAUUUUGUUGUUGAACUUCAAGAAUGUUUAAUAAUUAAUAGUAAUGAUGUGGUGUGGUAACCAAAGUAACUCAUCCAUACCUUUCUUAGACAACGCACGGUAUUGUUACGUUCCCAACGUGAAAUAGCUUGAGAAACUCAUUUAAAUAAUAUCUAACUAUCUAAUAACAUAUCUAAUUACCGUUCGGUGCAUGAAUUUCACCCAAAUGAUGAUUAUUCAGUGAUUUUGAGUGCUAAAAUAAAGGGAGACGCAGGGCAUUGUGUGCAAAGCCUAGCAAUAUCUUAGAAACAUGUAAAAUGCAGUACGAUGUAUGUUACCACAACUGUAUUAUCUAAUUUAUGUUAUUUUGCAUUGUCAUUCACGUUUUAGGUUAUAAGUAAGGAAAAACAUUUUGGAAGUCUACCACUAACCUAGUAGUAGUAUAUGUGGGUGUUUCUGGCCAUAUGCAGGCCUACUGGAGCAUGAUUGCUUUUGGAGUAUAACAUCGAUAAACACUUACAGGCCGAAUACCCAUCAGAGUUACCAUUAUACACGUUAUCAGAUCAGCGCACACAAAAGAAGGGGAGAUUAAAAAAAUAAAAAUAAAGUGACUGGUUUGUAGUAGCUAGCACCUAACAACAACUAGACAACGGCAAAUACUGCUCCUCAGUGGGUUGUAAAACUGUCUAUCAGACAGGGUCACAAAGAUAGUGUGACACCAAUGGUUGGCCUUGUGUUUUUUUUUUUUUUUACCAACUAUUCUAAUCUAUAUAUUUGAAUUAGCCUAUACUAUAGUGAAGACAGUAUAGCGAUGUUUCUUUUAUUUUACGGUUGGAUCAAUUGCAUCAUUGUCUGUUUUUAUUAUUACUAAAACACAUGACAGAUUCCAUGAUGUGUCUCCAAAUCACAUGCUGGUCCCUUAGAAUUUGUAAUCUAACCUAUUUUCAAACUAUUUAUUGAACUAUUACUUAUUGAACUAGUUAUUUACUUUUUUCCCCAGACGUCACCAUUGCCCCCAACCACCUUCUGCACUGUAUGGGGGGAAGGGGAAUAAAAUGUGCGUUAGCACCGAAUACACCGAGAAGUACCCUUCCUAUGGACAUCAGAGUCCAACCCAAAGCAUGAAACCUAAAAAGGACUUUCAGGAUGACAAAGGGAAAAUGGAUGGAACUACCACAUUCAAGACGGAUUAUAUUGCUUAUGAUGUUAUCCGUCGCCCUGGACGCCAGAAGACUGAAUACAAGCCCAAACCUGGUGAGAUAGACUGUGGAACCACCUACAAGCAAGACUUCCCCUACUAUGAAGUGAAAUCAGUCCCCCCUACCAGGCCAAAACAAAGAACUCAUGUGGCAUCGGGAAAAUUGGACACUGUGCCCACUUACAAAGCGGAUUACUGCCAGUGGGAGCUGUCAAAGAGGGAGCUAAAAAAGCCAGAUACGGCAUACCAUCCUCCCUCAGCAAAAUUUGGUAACUCAACAACCUUUCAGGAGGACUUUGCUCCAAGAGGCCUAGUACUGCGAGAGAGCUUCAGGCCCUCCAACCAGACACAGUUGUCUGAUGCUCCCUUCACUGGGAUAACCUGCAACCAGCAGACCUACGUUCCCCAUACAAUGGAGGCCAGGUACUCCAGGCCACCGCAGGUGUACAAGCCAAGCAGUGAACCUAUGCAGGUCCUCACCUCGCACAAGCAGGACUUCCAGGGGCUGCCUGGGAGGAUCGCCAAGAGCUGCAGGCCAGAAAACCCCAAGGCUGCCUCGAGCUGCGCCUUUCAGAGCAGCACAGAGUUCCGAGACCGCUUCCAGCAGUGGCCCAUCACCAAACCCCCGCGACAAAAAACCAUAGAGUACGUGGCUCCCACCGCUGAAAUGGACCUGAGCACCACCAGUAACACGUAUUACACCAAGCACAACAUCCAGCCCUAUGUGACAGCAAAGCCCUUCGCUCCGCCUGUUAGAUGCUCUGUGCCCUUCCAGAGCACCAGCACCAUGAAGGAGGACUUCAAGCCGUGGGCGCCAUGCAAGCCGGACAUCAUCAAGAAGCCAGAGGAGCUCCACAAGGCGACCGGGAAGAUGGAGGGCCUGACCACCUUCAGGGCCCAUUUCACCGGGCAUGUACUGCAGCCCAGCGUCAGCUAUAGGCCUCCCAACGUGGCCAUGAACAGGGAUGUGCCCAUGGAGGACGGGACCAUGUACAGUAUUGAGUUCACCCCGAAACAGAUCGACGUGUGCCCCGCCAGCUUCGACAGCCUCCCAGGUUAUGAGUUUGAAGACAGUGACGAGCGCGGCCACAAGUUCUUCCGCAAGGUGCCUUCUCAGGGGAAAGCCGGCAAGGUUCAAACCACGGAGGCAGUGGCUGUCAACUAAAGACUGUGACAACAAUGCUGUCAUGCUGAGGUUCAUUAAAACACGUCAUUUUGCUUCCCCAAAUUAUUUUGUGUGAGAUAUGGAAAUAUUGUAUUCAGUAAAAAGUAAAUGUAAGAAGUAAAUACAGUAACGAAAAGUAGUUUGGAAAUAUAAAAUAAUCAGUAGAUACGCGUCUGGAAGCAGACCAUUGAUUACUGCUGGCAUGCCUUAAUUUUUAACAUAUUUCAUGAGAUUAAGAUUUAUAGUCUUUUAUCUUAACGUCUGUCAGCUCCAAAUACUGCUAUUUAAUGAUAACACUGACCAAUCAAUAUGUGCACUUUUUUAAAGCUAUAUUAUUAUCACACAAAAUCAGAGAAUUGUGUACUUGCAAUGAUUCCACUUUUGACAGUGGAGGUUGUUUAUGAUUGUGGGUGGUUCUGUAAUUGAGACUCAGAAGCAAAUUGUAUUAGUCCA